UGGGGUGGGGGGGGGACACAUUCAUGCAAGCAUUAUUAAAUGUGCUCGGUGAAGGGAAUCGUAGAACAGAAAUACCAGCAACACGUCAUUAAAGUACUCUGGCGCCAUCUAGUGUUAUUAUUAUUAUUAUUUUUUUAAAUUGGUGAUUUUUUUUAUUUUAAUUAUCAGCCACAAGGGGGCAGAAGCUACUACAUGGAUCUAUCAAUGUUUACUUCCGGAUCAGCACUUCCGGUUGUUUGACAAACGAGGGAAAGUUAAAAAGUUGUACUAAUGUCCACGAAACGACAACAGUCACCUUCUGAAUUAUCAGACACUUGGAUACAAGAGAACAACGAACUCGUAAACAAAUGGCAGUUACAAAACAGAGACCAGAACCACACCAGAUUGUUGCUGUCAGAGUUUUGCAAACUCAUAAGAAAAAUACAAGGUCUUCCUCCUCUUGAAGAUCACUGUCAGUUGGAGUUGAGUGCAGUGUACAAUGUGUGCCUGCUGUCCAUUGUGCUCUCUGAGGUGUCAGAGGCUCAGACGCUCCUCACACAAACUAUGGACAGAGUUCUCAUGCUGACAGGAUCAGACCCGGUGGCUUUUCAUUCACCUGUGUUUUGGCGUACAGUUCUCCAGUCAGUGGAAAGCAGUGAAACGAUGAAAUCUUGUAUACAGAAGCUUCUCUGUGUACAAUGGGCAGUCUGGUUGGCCAACUGUUCUCUUCAAACAAUAGAAGGGCAUCAGGAGGAAUUUUCUUCUCUGUCUACUGGAGUUGAUCAAGACAUGCCAAGCAUUUUGAGGCAAACAAAUUCAAACAUUCCACUGUUGGUGAUGGAACCAAGACGUUUUCUUGAAUUAUUGCAAAUUUGCACUUUGAUCACAAAAGGUGCAGAAAAGCUGAAUGAGGGUCAAAGCGCAAAGGCAAUAACUGAUCUGCAGGCUGCUUCCUCGCUGCCCGCUCCCAGAAUUCUUGUGGCAUACACACACCUCCUGUCUGGGUCCUGUCUAGCCCACUCAGGUCGCCCUCAGAUGGCACUACAGUGCUACAGGACAGCGCUGGAGACAGACUCCCAAUGUGUUUGUGCUCUAUACCAGAGUGUGCUCCUCUUCAGACGCCUGGGCAACGCAGAAGCCGAGAUUCAAGCCCUUCGUUUGCUGCACUCGACACUUAUGUUGCCCGACAAGCCAGUUAUGAGUUGUGAUCAUGUCGUCUCCCCGUCCUUACUACUACGGAGCCAAACACUGAGCAGCCUGCUCUCCGUCCCGUCUGCCUUUUGUGUUCUUCACAGUUUGGCCCAGAAGUGUGUCCUGCAGUCAAAAGUGUCAGAAGGUGUAGAACAUUAUCUGGACCUGUUGGCUGCUCUUCACUCUGACCAGCACGGAGUCUGUCCUGAGGAAUCUCACCUUCCCAGGCUACCUGAACUUUACCUGGAGGCCGGCGCCGCCCUGCUCAUGGCCCAGCGGCCCUUGGAUUGCCUGACGUUGUGUGACGAAGUCAUCACCACAACACUGGAUCUUCUUCCCGAGAAGGUUGUGCUGGAGGACGGGGAAGCUGCAGAUGUGUGCACUGGCGGAGACGACAAGGUGGCGAUGUUACUUUGGACGGGCGCGGCUUACCUCCUUCAUGGUCAUAGUCACUGUCACCAGCAGGACUGGAAACAUGCUGUAAUUCACUACACAAGAUGUAUCAACCUGCUGGUGAAGAUGCACUUCAGAGAGAAAGGUGGCCGACCUCAAGUUCCCAGCGCAGACAUGGUUAAUGAACAAAGAGCAGAUCUUGGAGUCCUACAGAGGUUGAAAGGAAUCUCGCUAGCUUGGAGGGGCAUUAGCUUCAUGCAGUCAGACGAGCCCAGAAACGCACUGAGAGACCUCCAGCUCGGCCUACAGGCUUUCCCAGAGUGUGUGGGUGCAGGGCUCUGGUGUGGGGAGGUGCUGUGGAAGCUGGGCAGGAGAAAAGAGGCCGCUUCCUGUUGGGAGAAGACGUGGAGCAUCACCAGACACACGCCAGCAGAUAGCAUUCCUGUAUAUUUAAGGGAACCUCAAACUGGACCCACGUUGGAUUCAGCAGCACUUCGCCUAAGAAUAUCUGAACUUGAUCUCACUUAGUGCACCUGAAGCGGAGCAGGAAAAGAAACACCUGCAGGUGCUGGCAAACUCUUCCAAUGUUUUGUGGAAACAGGCGUCAACAGACAAGAGAAUAUUGUACCUGCUUGGAAAUUGUAUGUAAAGUUAUAAUGUAAAUACAUGUAUUUUACAAGUAAUAUUGGUGAACAUGUACCUUAUUUAAUUGUAUAACUAUAGAGAAAACAUCUGUCAUGUUGAUGAUCCUUGACUGAUUUUUGCAGUCGAUUCUAAAAACAGCACAGCCUCCUGUCACAUAGAGCAGUGGUCCCUAACCACUGGGCUGCGGCCAGUGGGCUGCGAUCGAUUGGUACCGGGCCGCACAAGAAAUUAAAAAAAAUAAUAAUACUUUUUUUUUUUUUAUACUCAUUCACACUCAUUCGCACAAAAGGGUUGUUUCUUUCUGUUAUUAAUAUUUCUGGUUCCUACAUUAUAUAUCAAUAUAGAUCAAUACAGUCUGCAGGGAUACAGUCCGUAAGCACACAUGAUUGUAUUUUUUUAUGACAAAAAAAAAAUUGGUCCGUGGGACCAAUUUUCAAGCGUUGCCCGGUCUGCAGUUACAAAAAGGUUGGGGACCACUGUCAUAGAGGAUCUUUGGCUAGCGGUUUUGCAACAGAAUCCCUAAAAUCAGCAGUGUUGUUGACAUAUGGAGGAUAUUUGAUUUGCAUAAACGCCUGCGUUUCAAUGUCUUCAUUUAUGACUUUUUAACUCUAUUCCUAACUGCCAUUUGGUGAGGUCAAAUAGUUAAGAUACAGCAGAGUCUAACAUUGACAUGACAGUGCAUACACAAAAUAAGGGUAAU